AUGAACGAGCACAAACAAGAUGCUUGUCAAAGCAUAAUUAGGCCAUACAAUGAAAGAAAGUCAACAAAUGGAUAUUUAGAAAGUGCUGUGGAUAGUGAAUUGUUAUUAACUGUUCCUUUUACUGUUUCAGUCAAUAUUAAAUCUUUUCAAAUCAUCGGUGGAGAUCCCAUAACUUGUCCUUCUAAGGUGAAAAUUUUCAAGAAUAAUGAAUUGUUGGAUAUUGAUACUGCUUCACAAAAGAAAGCAGACCAAGAGCUUGAUCUCACAUACGAUGGGGAUGGAACAUAUGACUUUUUGCUGAAAACAAGCAAGUUUGCAAAUGUUCAGUCUUUGACGCUAUUUUUCCCUUCAAAUUUUGGUGGUGAUAACACAAGAAUUACCUAUAUUGGUUUCAAAGGAGAAUAUUCUGACUAUAAGAGACGUGCUGUUCAGGCCAUAUAUGAAGCAGCUCCUCAAAUGAAAGAUCACAAAGUAGAUGCCUUGGAGGAUCAGUGGGCUAACGCAAAGAAAUUAGGAAUGUAA